AUGAGACUCUCCUUGGCGCGAAGAUUCUUUACCCGCGAAGUCCCAAAAGAAACCUUCAAAUCGAGCCCAAACUUCAAAUCGUCCAGUCCACUUUCCUCCUUCGCUAACCAACUCAACAAAGCGCCAUCUUAUUCCGGCCAGAAAGCAGACUCGCCAGUGGCAAGUGCUGGAGCUGCGAUAUUGUGCGCUGUUGCCUGCGUCAUUUACCUCAACCAAGAUUUAGUCAAAUAG